AUGGCCAUCACGUUUGGCUCCUUCGAUGGAGUGUGCAGCACUGCUGCUCUCGUCAUUUGCCCAUUGAUGGGUACAUCUGGACAAGGCGUGGAACCUACAUGCUACUCACGCAACGUUCAAAUCGGCCAGACCCUCAUUUUCCAGCCCUCAACAUGUUUUGUUCAUAUCGUCGCAAUAAUCAUGACCGCAAUCAUGAUCUAUCAUAUUCGCUCAAAGUACACCGCGGUUGGACGCAAAGAGAUCGUGAUGUUCUUUUGGUUGUACAUGGUCAUCGAGCUUCUCGCAAUGUUCCUAGACUCGGGAAUUAUACCGACUGCAAACGUCAGCUAUCCCUGGUUUGCUGCAGUCUAUACAGGUCUAGUAGCAACCGCCUACUGCUGUCUGCUUAUCAACGGCUUCGUUGGAUUCCAAUUCGCUGAAGACGGAACGCCUCUUUCCCUUUGGUUCCUUCGGAUAUCCUGCUUCGCCGUCUUCGGAGCAUCAUUCUUCAUCUCUAUCGCCACUUUCAAAUCUUUUGUUUCAUUCUCUCCUUCGAAACCGACCGGGCUCUUCGUCAUUUACCUCAUCUGGCCCAUCCUUUGUGUCGCCACAUAUACCAUCUCGCAACUCAUUCUAGUAUUCCGGACUCUUGACGACCGCUGGCCUCUCGGUGACAUCAUCUUCGGAAUCGCAUUCUACGCGAUCGCUCAAGUUCUCCUGUUCGCUUUCAGCGUCACCAUAUGUAAUGCCAUCAAGCAUUACUUGGACGGCCUCUUCUUCUUCACCCUGUGUGUCCUGUUGAGUGUGAUGAUGGUAUACAAAUACUGGGAUAGUAUCACGCGUGAAGACCUCGAGUUCUCCGUCGGAUCCAAAGCUGCGGUCUGGGAAGUCAAGGACCCGCUUCUCACGGCUUCUGUUACGACCCCUGGUGGAGACUACGAGGAGGACACAUCAAGCUACCACGCUGGCGCUGCGAGCCUUGUAGGCGGCGUUAGUGGCACGCAAUAUUACGGCGGGAAGCCAACGUAUGGUGGUGCCCAGGGUGGUUACGGCCAAGGAGGCUAUGGCGGUGCGAGAAGGGCCUACCCACCAACAUCUGAAGGCUAUUGA